AUGAAUAAAAGAGAGGAGGGGAUUAACACCCCGAUUCAAAGUCCCAUAACGGAGAGUUUGUACCUCAAACUGAGGGACCCACUAGGACCCCAUGUGAAUUUAAACAACUCUGUCACGUCGAGCGAAAAAAAGAAAAAAUUGCAUAAAAGAAUAAGCUUCAGCAGCUUUUCAAAUACAACCUGUAGCGACAUAAUAAAGCUGAGCAAUUAUUUACCGAUAGAAAAUAAUAUAGUGUUAUUAACAUUGGGAAACUAUUCUUUCAAAGUUGGAUUAGUGAAUAAGUAUGAUUGUAAAUUACAAAGCUUAAGACUACCUCAAAUGGAAAUCAUAGAACCAUGGAGAGAGCUAGGGUACUUGUAUCCACCAUAUAAAAACUAUGAAAUCAUUGAAGAAUCCAUUUAUCACUGUUUUAGUAAUAUAUACAAAAUAAAUUUAAAAAAUAAAGAUUUGUUUAUUCCUUUUUCUAGUAAAAAUAGUAUGCAAGAUUUUUCCACCCUUGGGGAUAUUUUAUUUGACACCUUUAAAGUGCAGAGUGUAGCAUUUAAGGAACCUUCAUUUGUGUCUUCGCUUAUAAUCUUGGAACAUCUCCUGCAAGAACAGAAAAAUAAGCAGCAUACAUACCAAGUUAUGUUUUAUAGGGAUGGUGAGAAAGAUACUGUUGCUUGUAAUGAAAAUCUAAGUGAUACUACUUCUGGUAGGAGACAUAGCCUCAGCAAUUGUGAAGAAGGAUGUAAAAAUGAUAAAGAAGACUUCAGCAUGCUCCAAAUAAAAAGCAAUAUCCCCUCUUCUCCUUGCAAAAAAACAAAAACAAUAGAACGAAAAAGAAAGAGAACAGGAAAAGAAGAAUAUCCAAUGGAAUGUUUAACUAAACUUAAAGAAUUAAAUUUUUUCAAUUUCACUGCAAUAUUGGUAAAUAUUGGAAGCACAAAAACAACUUGCACACCUGUAAUAAAUGGUAUUCCAUUGCCUGACCUAAGUAAUAUCUACUACAUAGGAGGGUACGACAUAGAUAAUCAGAUUUUUGAUGAAAUGAAAAGAAAUGAAAAAUACCAGAAGGAUGUAUCAUUGGAAUCUGCAAAAAUUGCUAAAGAGAAAAGAGUGUUAACUCCCAAAACUAGGGAAGAAUGUGGUUAUUUAUCUUUACUUUAUGAUAAAGCUCCCAAAAAUUAUUUAGUGAAUUCUUUUGAAUUACAUUUUAAUAAAAUAUUUGCCUCAGCAGUAAACUCAACUGAAAUAUUUUUUUCUCCUUAUCAUUUGGGAAAUUAUUUAAAAACAGAAUCAUACAAAAAAUUGCACACAUAUGAUAUAAACGUUACAUACUAUUCCACAGAGGCGACUCCAAGCUUAAAUUCAAGUUUGAGUUACAUAUUCACACAAAACACACUCCCUUGUGUAAUUUAUGAUACUAUUCAAAAAUGUCCAAUUGAUACUCGAAGGGAGCUAUUUAAAAACAUCUACUUGAUAGGCGGCUCAAGCAUUAUUAGAGGCUUUCGUGAACGAUUACAAAAUGAGUUGUAUGAUUUUGUUAAAAAUAAAAAUUUUUAUAUUAAUAUUUCUAUUAAUGUACAUGUUGUUCGAUGGACUAUGUUACAAAAAUAUGCUAUCUAUUCAGGUUCUCACUAUUUUUUGGAGUUAUUUGAUUAUUACAAUUAUAAUAUUACCAGGGCAGAUUAUGAAGAGUAUGGGGAAAACAUAUUAGAACGUCUAAGUUUACAGGGAAAGCUUCUCUAUUAG